AAUGGAUCAUUAUUGUUUCAGAUGUGGAUCGGGUAACAUCGCCGGUAUUCGGCCUGGUCUUGAUUUGUGAUUUGAGACAGCGGUGCGCUGCUAUCUUCAUCGCGUGCUAGCAAGAUUUCCGCAUCAAAGAGCUUAAUUUUAUAUGGUGGUGCUACUUUCUUCAACUUGAACCCGUCAGUAAAAUGUCGGGUGAUGUCCAGCCCAGAAAAAGAAAAGACAAGAAACGAAGGAAAGACGAUGAACCCGUUCCUGUACAAACACAUACCCCCAUUUACACGAGUAAUUUGGUAAAUGAUGAUGUGAAUAUCCAUGUCCACAAAGAAAGUGGCACAGGGGGUGGGAUAUGUGCCAAAUUGGUGUUUUUCGUCCUGCUUUCCGCCCUUGCUGUGCUCAUCGGGCUGAUCAUCACUGAACAUCGAGGACUGACUGAUCUUGAAACCGCUGAUUCCGAAUCCAAAUUUUCCCAAAUUUUCGAAGGCUGGAUAGAUUCAAGCUCUAACAGUCAUGAUGAUCAUGACUUGGAAGAUGCUCUAGAUGCCGACCAUGAUGACGAUCAUGACGACGAUCACGAAGAGGUAGAUCUUUCGGAGGGUGAAGAAGAUCAUCAAGCAAGUGAAGAGGAUGAAGAACAUGAACACAGUGACGAGAAUGAGGAACAUCAACCUAGCGAGGAGGAUGAUGAGCAGGAAAGAAGCGAAGAAGAGAACGAAGAAGGUGAGAAUGAAUCCGCUGAAGAAUAUAUCGAAGAUAAUGGAGAUGAGGACGAGGAGACUGAUAUGGAUGAGGAAAAAUACAGCGAAGAAGAAAACGAGGUCGUUCAGGAUAACAAUAGCGAUGAAGAGGUUGCAGAUGACAGAGACAACGAGGAUGAAGGAGAAUACGCUGAGGACCAAGAUGAAGUGAAGGCUUCCGACGAAGAAGAACAAGAAGGUGGCGAAAAUGAUGAUGAGGAAGAACAGAAGCAAGACGAGAAAGACGAUGAUGAAGUAGAUGAUGAAGAAGUGGACGAGGAGGAAACUUUUGAAAGUAAAGAAGAGGAAGAUGCUUCAACGAAAAAAGCUACGAGUUCUCUUGAGAAAGACACAUUGCGAAAAGGAGAGGAGAAAUUAUCCGAUAAGAAGUUCAGCAAACGGAGUAGUGAAGUUGAAAGCAAUCCAGCAGAUGAUCCCGACGAAACAUCUAAUGUACCUGAGGAUGCAGCAUCUACAGAAGAAACAUCUACACCAACUCCAGAUUUGUCUAGAAGAAACACAAUAAUAGUACCACCAACUUACCAAGAAGUUGAACAAGAUAUAGAACACGAUGAUGAAGGUAAAGCACUGGAAACUCUUUCCAAAGUAUUUCAUGGCGAAAAAAAUACAGAUACAAAUAUGUUCAAAAACUUUGUCCAAAUACAAACGUUACGUUAUUUUUUAGUGGUAUUUUGCACAAAUGGCCAAUAUUCAAAUGCGAUUAUGGUUCACAAAUUGGUGAUCGAUAGAUUUCCGAAUACACCAAAGUAUAUGAACGAUAUGGCGAUUACGUAUUUGACCAUAAACAGAAUAGAUGACGCUCGGUCAGUGCUCAAGCAAGUUCUAGCCAAAUGGCCAGAUGAUGGUGUGGCCUUGGUGCAUUACGGUUUCAUUUUAAAAACUGCUGAUAACAAACUGAACAGUGCCGUAAAAUACUUGAAAAGGGGGAUACUUACCAGAGAGAAAGGUGUACUUGAUGGCAGGUUCUUCUUUCACUUAGGAGAUGCCCUCACACGAUUAGGAAAAACAGAAGAAGCUAUGAAGGUGUACGAAGAAGGCACUAAACACAAACUUUUUCUGUCCAAAUACCAAAGAUCAUUGUACAACGUACCUCGAUUAACUGGCAAACCAUGGUGGCAGUCGAAAGACCUUCCAUACCUCCCUUCUUUCGAACUUCUGAAGAAGAACUGGAGGAAAAUCAGAGAAGAGGCGUUGUCUGUACUAAACGUGAAAGGUUAUUUUCAAGAUGAAUCCGAAAAUUUGAAAGACACCGGUGACUGGAAACAGUUUGAACUGUACGCGCGCGGUAAAAAAAAUUCUCGAAAUUGUGGAAGAUGUCCCUUCACGUGCAGCAUCUUAGAUCAGAUCCCGGAAGCUGCAGGCUGCAAAAGAGGUCAAACAAAAUUUAGCGUCAUGCAUCCUGGUACUCAUAUUUGGCCCCAUUGCGGCCCCACAAAUUGUAGACUGAGAACGCAUUUGGGUCUGAAAGUUCCUCCAGGUACUUACAUCAGGGUGGCCAGUGAAACAAGGAGCUGGAAGGAAGGUGAGAUACUUGUUUUUGAUGAUAGCUACGAACACGAAGUUUGGCACAAUGGAACUGAAUUCAGAUUGGUACUUAUCGUCGACGUUUGGCACCCUGAACUAACCCCGUCCGAAAAGAAAAAUCUGUCCCCUAUUUAAUUUGUGGUUAUUCAACUAUAGAUUUAAGAAAAAUUGUAGAUAAUUGAGAUAGGGUAAUAAAUAUUUUUAGUUAAU